AUGUCUUCUAAGCGCAACCUCGGUGAAGUCCCGGCCGACGUGCCCACCGGCGAGGACAACGACAACAGCUACGUCUCGCGCUCGGGCCACAAGGGCGAGGAGAUCCCCGUCGUCUCGGACCAGGAGCGCAUCGAGGACCCCAUCGAUGCCGACGUCGCCGACUCUGACGAGCAGCUCGAGCGUGACGACAACGAUGCUAUCGAUACGGACAACAUUAUUGACGAGCGGACCCGCGGUGCCAAGCCUCGUGAGGGCUAUGCCGAGCCCGGUGACGAGGAGGGUCUUCCCGGCCCGGAGGACGGCACCAGCUCGAAUUGA